AAAAUGCAAGUCUGGUUUUGGAUUCUUGGCUGGCUUCUUUCUAUUCUAACCAUAACCGGCAAUGGAUUUAUCUUUUUCCUUAUUUGCAGUAAACGGCAGCUUCGCACCAAAACCAACGCGUUAAUCGUUUCACUCGCAGUGGCGGACUUUUGUGUUGGGAUGAGCGCUGUUCCUCCGCUGUUCAUGUGUGAGAUGGCAGGAAGUUGUAAUCUGGGUACCAUGGUAAUCACAUGGACGACAAAAAGCCUAUUCCAGUAUGCGUCUGUGACCAACCUUUGCUGUUUAGUCCUAGAUCGCUACAUUGCUGUUGUAAAACCGUUAAAAUACUUGACCUUUAUGAAGCGUCGCCGAGUCAUUCAGAUGGUAACCUUAUCAUGGGUCAUUCCAAUUGUUCUCAUUUUCUUUACAUACAUCGUAUUGAGUAUUUCCUUUUUCCAAAAAUCGAUUCUCCCCAUAAAGAUUAUAACUGUUAUGUUCAUCAGUCUCGAGAUGUUUCCAAGUAUGUUAUUGAUAUGUUUCUUUGUAGCUAUGUUAAAAGUCGUAUUUAAGCAUAAUCGAGCCGCUCGUUUUCUAGCAAAACAGUUACGCUUCAAUCAUCAGGUUUUCUUCAAAACUCAGGAGAAGUCUGCUAUUAUAAUGAUGGGGAUUGUAAUCGGAUUGUUCCUGGUGUGUUAUGGCAUUUUUCUACGAUGCAGCUUCACGGUAGUUUCCGAUAUGGAUACAUCAUGUAAUGAUACACAAUUUAAAAUGCCCCUUUUAGUGUUAAACUCUGCCAUCAACCCUCUAGCGUACUCUUUCUUCAAGAGAGACAUAAAAAAGGAGAUUAAAGGACACUUUUGUUGCUCCGUGUCAUCAAAGUCAAACAGAAUUCAUCCUUUAAAUGAGAACAGCUCCGCAUGA